AUCCUCCUCCCCACGAUCCACACCCCACGCCCUCGCUGCUGCUAUAAAUCCCGGGGCUCCAGCCGCUCCCAGAGACCCCCGUGCCUACACCACCCCCUCCCCACUAGAUCCCUCUUCUACCUCCAGGAGCGAAAGCGGCGGCGGCAGCUGCAGCCCAAGAGGUAGAUAAGGGUAUCUCCACCAAGCAAGAAAUGGCGGCCGAGACGUUCCUCUUCACCUCCGAGUCCGUGAACGAGGGCCACCCUGACAAGCUCUGCGACCAGGUCUCUGACGCCGUGCUUGACGCCUGCCUGGCACAGGACGCCGACAGCAAGGUCGCCUGCGAGACAUGCACCAAGACCAACAUGGUCAUGGUUUUCGGUGAGAUCACCACCAAGGCCACUGUUGACUAUGAGAAGAUCGUUCGUGACACCUGCCGCAACAUCGGCUUCAUCUCUGAUGAUGUUGGUCUUGAUGCUGACCGCUGCAAGGUGCUCGUCAACAUUGAGCAGCAGUCACCUGACAUCGCCCAGGGUGUGCAUGGUCACUUCACCAAGCGCCCUGAGGACAUUGGUGCCGGUGACCAGGGCAUCAUGUUUGGCUAUGCCACUGACGAGACCCCUGAGCUCAUGCCCCUCAGCCACGUGCUUGCCACCAAGCUCGGUGCCCGCCUCACUGAAGUCCGCAAGAACGGCACCUGUGCGUGGCUCAGGCCUGAUGGCAAGACCCAGGUCACUGUUGAGUACCUGAAUGAGGGUGGUGCCAUGGUCCCUGUCCGUGUGCACACCGUCCUCAUCUCCACCCAGCAUGAUGAAACCGUCACCAACGAUGAGAUUGCUGCUGACCUCAAGGAGCAUGUCAUCAAGCCUGUGAUCCCUGAGAAGUACCUGGACGAGAAGACCAUCUUCCACCUGAACCCGUCAGGCCGCUUUGUCAUCGGUGGCCCUCACGGUGAUGCUGGUCUCACCGGCCGCAAGAUCAUCAUCGACACCUACGGUGGCUGGGGAGCCCACGGUGGUGGUGCCUUCUCUGGCAAGGACCCAACCAAGGUUGACCGCAGUGGUGCCUACAUUGCCAGGCAGGCCGCCAAAAGCAUCAUUGCCAGUGGUCUUGCACGCCGCUGCAUUGUGCAGAUCUCCUAUGCCAUUGGUGUCCCUGAGCCUUUGUCUGUCUUCGUCGACUCCUACGGCACCGGCACCAUCCCUGACAAGGAGAUUCUGAAGAUCGUGAAGGAGAACUUUGACUUCAGGCCUGGUAUGAUCAGCAUCAACCUUGACUUGAAGAAGGGUGGCAACAGGUUCAUCAAGACCGCUGCCUACGGUCACUUUGGCCGUGAUGAUGCUGACUUCACCUGGGAGGUGGUGAAGCCCCUCAAGUUUGACAAGGCCUCUGCUUAAGGACUGGUACUGCUGCUGGAAGUGAGUUUCACUGCUGCUGGAUGUAUCUCUGAUUAAUGAGUUGCUGCUCUUUAGAAGGAAGAAGGGGUUUGAUAUCGCCGCGGACACGCUGCAUUGGCGUCUAGUGAGUGGUAUUUUGGUGUGGCAGACAGAGUUACGUGCUGAGUUUAUACUAGUCGGGUCUUUUGUUAUCUUUUGUGGUUUUCCUUCGUUUUCGAGUCUAAAACUGCAAUAGCUGUGCAGUUUGCUCUAUCAGUCGUCCUGUUAUUUUUUAGUAUGCUGAAACUGCAUCAGUAAUACCAUAUGUGAUAUUCGUACCCUGUUAUUCUCAGUUCCAAAUACUUUAAGCACCUAAUUCUGAA